AUGAGUCGGAAGUCCACUCCCAAUAUCAAGGUGCGAGACGAGGGUGAUGAUGCACACGGUGCUUCCUUGAAUACUGUCACUGGCACAACAACCUCGCGUGCUGCUUCUGGAAGUCGCACUCCAUUCACUGUCUUGCAGUCUGACAAACUGAACAACAUUCAGCCACCAAAAUCUAAGGACAAAGCUGUACCAGAGGCUGGGGAAACAAAUACCAUGAGCACCAUGGAGGAAAUUCUUUCACGCCUCAAACUGAAUGACUCUCGCAAGUCCACUCCUCCUGCCGCCGAUGUCAAAACUGAAAAGCCUGAUCUUGGAAUUCUUGACAAACUCGUCAACAACCUACAAGACCAGAACAAAACUUUGAAGAGACAAGAGAAGGAACUCAAGAAUGAGAUGGAGGCUGAACAUCACAAAGGCGAUGACCGCUCUUCUGGCUCUGGCAUCUGCGUACCAACAACUGAAAGUUUUGGCGGAGCAAAGCCUGCUACUCAACCAGCUGUUGGCAAAGUUGACUUGGCCGAGAUGAUGCGCGUCAAGCAAGAACUUGAGGCUGCCAAAUCGGUCAUUUCUCGCCAGGAACAGGAGCUUGCUGAGACUCGCAGUCUCAAGCAUACCAUGGAUCAAGCCAUGGGUCCUCCAUCCGAAGCUGAUUUUGGAACCCCAAACGACAUCACCGAGCAAACCAUUGGCCACCUCCAGAGUGCUUUCAACGCCUCUGCUCGUCCCUUUACAUCACGCAACGACACUUGGGUGGCUCAAGAGGCACAGCGCCAGGAGCACGCUGACGCUGUGAGUACUGCCAACUUUGGACGUGGUCGAGGCAUCUGGAACAAUCCUUCUGCCCCCAUGACCGACCUGUUGACUACAAAUCCGUCUACAACGGGUUACAGCAACCCUCGUGAUGCUCGUAUUUCUGGCCAAGCCUAUAAUGGCGUUUACGGUGGUGGUGCGAUGUCGCCCAUCGAAGCCACUUUUCAGCCUCGCAAUCUCCCAGGUCCUACUGCUCCUCUUGGUUACGACAUGCGUACAGGCAACGACAUGAUGCAGUUCAAUCCUCCCAUGGGUAUGAGACAAAAUACAGGACAGUUGAGAAUCAAUCCAGCUCUCACCGAUCCGUUGGCCGCGUAUGGAAAUUUUCCGAAUGCUGCCUCAGCUCUGACUCCACCACCCAUCAGUCCAUUGGGCAUUCCGGCUCCGUACAACUAUCAGCGUGGACUUACAACACCUAUGACACCAGCAUCAAACGAGUUCCCAGCCAGUGGCCUUCAAGGAGCUGCUAACCCAUGGUCCAUUCCGACCACUUCUGUGAACGGACAGACCUAUGUUACUCCUCUCGAGCCAAUGAAUUAUCGUCGUCUUCUCGACAAGUCUGUCUCAUGCGACUGGAAGUAUAUCGUCGACAAGAUCGUCUGUAACAAUGACCAACAAGCCAGCAUCUUCCUUCAACAGAAGCUCAAAGUGGGCACGGCCGAGCAGAAAUUUGAGAUCGUCGAGUCCAUUGUUGCCCAAGCAUAUCCUUUGAUGGUCAAUCGCUUCGGCAACUUCCUUGUACAGCGGUGCUUCGAGCAUGGUACACCUGACCAAGUUGUGGCCAUUGCCAAUGCCAUUCAUGGCAAUGUCAUUGCACUCAGCAUGGAUCCUUUCGGUUGUCACGUCAUUCAGAAAGCCUUUGAUUCCGUUCCGGAAGAUCACAAGGCUGCUAUGGUUCGAGAACUACUUCGUCGCAUUCCAGAUACCGUCAUUCAUCGAUAUGCUUGCCAUGUCUGGCAGAAACUCUUUGAGCUCAGAUGGAGUGGCGAACCACCACAGAUCAUGCUGGAAGUCAACAAAGCUCUUCGUGGCAUGUGGCAUGAGGUUGCAUUGGGUGAAACCGGCAGUCUUGUCGUCCAGAACAUCUUCGAAAACUGUAUCGAGGAAGAAAAACGUCCUGCUAUUGAAGAAGUCAUUGCCAACAUCGACCUUAUCGCCCAUGGCCAAUUUGGAAAUUGGUGCAUCCAGCAUUUGUGUGAGCAUGGCUCUCCUCCGGACAAGCGCCGCGUUAUUGACCACAUUCUCGCCAACUCGUACAGCUACAGCAUUGACCAAUUUGCUUCCAAGGUCGUGGAGAAGUGUCUCAAGAUUGGAGGAUCGGAAUUCUUAGAUCGCUAUCUGGGUGUGAUCACAACUGCUCAUCCGGAUCGUCCACGCAUCCCUCUUAUCGACAUUGCUGGCGACCAGUACGGCAACUACUUGAUCCAGUGGAUUCUGAUGAAUACUCAUCAUCAUCAGCGUGAACAAGUGGCCAUCCAUAUCCGCAAGCAUAUGGUGUCUCUGCGAGGUUCCAAGUUUGGAUCUCGUGUUGCCAUGCUCUGCUGCAACCCAAACUCUGUCACUCGUCCAGGCCCUGGUGCUGUUGUCAACCCCUUUGGCGCUCCAGGUCAGCCACGCAGCCAGUGGCCACGAUUCCGCUGA